AAAAAAACUUUCAUCCACGCACUUUCUUUUCAGCUAAUAGAUGGGUUAGCAGAGUGGUCUUCUGUGCUGGAAAUAAGGAGCGUCACAGACAAGGACUACACGACGUAUACGUGUACUGCAUCGAAUUACAUGGGAACUUUGACCUCCAACCACACGCUCGGCCCUGCCAUUCCACCCAUCCAGGCAUAUAACCUCAGCGUCGUUAGCGUCAUGGGUACCACUGCUUUACUCACCUGGAUUCCACCGAGUCAAGGAACCACGCCCUCAGGAUAUACACUUAGAUAUCGGCCGCUACACGAUGAGGAAUAUCUACGUCAGAAUGUAGAAGGCCGCGGAACUACGACGGUGCAGAUCCAAGGACUGUCCCCCCGCGCCACGUACGAAUUUGCUAUCCGGACUUACAACAGCCAGGGUACUUCGGACUUCACGUCCCCUACGACAAAAGUCACCAUACCGGGUAACGCGAAUUCUCAUAUCCUAUUUUCGCUAAAGUCACUCGGCUAA